UAGAAUCCUCACCUAAUGGUGUUUGACAGUUCGUGAUCCUAGAGCUUAAUGGAGUUUAAAGACUUCAGAAAUUUGCAUAAGUCGAAUACAAGGGGAUUUACUCAAGCCUAUAAGCUUACAAGACAUGGAGUCCAAGUUCAAAAGUAAAGAGGCUUGCGAGGGGUCAGAGGACGCCGAAGAGGGGAAGUCCCUAGGUGAGCAGCUAUUUUAUGCUGGAGAGAAAGGGGAUGUUAAAAGAUGUUCAGAAUUGAUUGGUCAAGGAGCAGAUGUGAACUGGCAAGCAGGUUCAAAUUUGUGGUCAAGGACCCCAUUAAUGCAAGCAGCUAAAAGUGGAAUGACUGAAGUGUGUAAACUGUAUUUGGAAAAUGGUGCCAAAGUUGAUGCAUUUACAGUGAGUCAUUUCACUGCAUUGACAUUAGCUGCACGAUAUGGAAAAACACAAGUGUGCCAGCUGUUACUAAAAAACAAUGCCAAUGUGAACAAUCAAACAAAGGGGCACGAGACACCACUCAUGUGGGCUGCCCAUGGAGGCCAUUCAGAGACUUGUAAACGUCUUUUGGAGUCUGGAGCAAAGGUUGAUCUUAAGGAUGAGUAUGGUUUCACAGCACUGAUCCGUGCUGCCAAAGGUGGCCAUGAGAAUGCCUGUACAGUUCUUUUGGAAAAUGGAGCAGAUGUCUCUGCUACUUCAAAGCUUGGGGAUGAGGUCUGGGAUGCUGAGUGUUGGGCUAGAGCCAACAAAUAUUCUCGUAUUGAGAAGCUGAUGAAGAGUCGUAAGGUCCUCUGUUCUCUUCUGAAAGAGGGUUCUGACCCUCCCUCCCAUGUCACCCUGAAUGUAUGCGGCGCCGUCAAUGCUGGGAAAACAACGCUCAUUGCCAAAUUGCAACUGAGUCCCGUGAGGCGACGACUGGCCAGGCGAGAUGAACCGGACACCAGCCAAGAUAUGUCUUCAAGAACUGCUGGGAUUGAAGUAGGAAUCAUUGAUGUCCCUGGGGUCGGCGAGUUCCGUAAAAUGGACAUGGCGGGUCACACAUGGGCUUUCACAAGUAAUGAGUACUUUAUUGGUAAGAGGACGUCCAUUUCUUUGGUCUUGUUCGACUUGAGUAAGACGGACGAAGAAAUUGAAAAGGAUUUAUUCCAUCACCUGAGUUCGUUGAAGGCCAGGGAGACCAAAGUUGGGGUGCUACGUUUUCGUCCUGAAGUCGUGCUGGUUGCGACACACGUUGACAAGAUAGAAAAGGGUACUGAUCCGAGACUUCGAGCCAAUGCCUUUUUCAGGAUGACGAAGGAAUGCUUUCAAGCUUACCUGAAUUUCUAUUCCAAAGUGAUGGUUUUGGAUUGCACUAAUCCUAACGCUCACGAUUUCGAUUCGCUGCGCGUUUGCCUCAAAGAGCUCCGUGCCAAAAUAAUCGAGAACUCCGAUCUAGUGCCCCGUUUGUGUGCGCAGCUAUUGCCUCGCAUUCGUGCAUGGGCAAAAGAGAGACCAUCGUUUCCCGUUAUGUCCUGGAAGGAGUUUUUUGAGAAAGUGCGAGAGAUCAACAAUACAGCUGACGAGGAAGGAGUCAGAAAUAUCGCUUUCUACCUGAAUGAAAGUGUCGAGAUUGUAAGUGACACUUCUCCUGAGCUUCGUGACCAAAUUGUUCUUGACGUCAAUUGGCUGACAGCUCACAUUUUUGGAAUUGCCUUGGCUCCCUCUAACUUCCCGCGUUCUCUUCGGGGCGACAUAGCACAUGGAAUGGUGGGAAAACGCGAGCUGCAAGAAACCUUUCGUGAAUGCCCUUUCGAACAGCUUAUUAAGCUGUUUGUGCGAUUUGAAGUGUGCCUCCCAUGGGAUGAAGAAAAUCUUAUUUGUGAGAACUACCUCUUCCCCAGUCACUUGGAAGAGGAUCGCAUCAAAUCGGCCGAAUUAUGGCCAACGAAGUUGGACGAUCGUUGUGUUGUUGGCCGUAUUGUUGAGUGCAAGAACAAAACAGAUGCUCUUCCCAACAGCUUCUUCUCAAAAUUCCAGAUCCGAUUGUUGAGAUGUUUUGGACACAAAAGCCCAGUUUGGAAUCGUGGCAUCAAAAUCGCAGAUGACACGGUAGAGAUCCUCGCCUCACUUUCAUCCACACUAACAGCGGUGAAUGUCUGUGUGUGGGCGCCUAAAGGAUGCGAAGAGCGAUGUUACGACUCCAUGAGAUACAUCGAGGGACUUAGGGAUGAUCUACUUGAUGAGGUUGCCGGGGGAAUCGAGUUUGUUCACAAAGCCAUGAGCAUCGAGGUGCUGAAACACAGAGAUUUUGAAGGUUACCCGUUGACAGAAGUAGAUGAGGCGCUCGAGAAAGGUGGUCCAAAUGCCAGAGUUAAGCUUAGCCAAGAAAAAUACGCAGUAAACGAAAGGGCGAUAGAUGUACGAUACUGCGGAAUUAGACGGUACGUGCAUCCGUUUGAUCACAUAAGUCACUUUCCGCUGAGGGAAAGAAAGGCGUUAUCCAAGAUACUGGACUCCAAGAUUGAAUCUGACCACUUACAACUGUUGUCAGACCGGCUGAAAGUUCCAGUGGAACACGAGGACAGCGAAUCUGGUUUCACUAGCGUUAUUCCAGGGAGUAAAACAGAUCGGUAUCUCUCACGCUGUGCCUUUGAACGUGAUUUGAGAGCAGAUGACUUGAUUCAAGCUUUGGAAGCUGCCAACCAAUUCGAGGCUGCUACAAUUGUUAGUCAGUGGUUUGCCAACGCCAAACGCUCUCAAGAGAUCAGAACAAUGUACAGAACUAGAGGUGAAAGCAGUGAUUCUGAGCAAAGUUGUUCCUUUGCCUCACGAAGUCAUUGGACAAGUGGAGUGUCCGAAUAUUCUGAAGUACGAACAGUGAGUAUGGGAGGUGGCAGCGUCUCUGAGGGAAGUCCUCUCCUAAGGUCGUCUCCAAGGGUAUCAUGGAUCAGUCGUCGACACAUCUCUGUUUCCUCCGACGGAAAAGAAAGCGGUGCAUCAGAGAGUAGUCUUCCCUUUGAUGUGGAAAGAGAGAGGUGUGAUAGCGGAUUAUCUUCCUCCGGAGGCAGUUUCAGUGGAGGAAACUGGCGACCUCGGUUGAAAAGUGAAAGUUCUUAUUCUGGGCUCAGCUUCCCAAGUGAAGGGUCCUUCUUUUCUUGUGAAGAAUCUCACACUGGUUCAACAGAACAAAUUGUACCUGGGCCUCGUCUAGUUGUCCAUCCUUGCUCGAAGUGUCAUUACUGUACACCAAAACUACCUGCACGAGACAACGAGGGUACCAAGCCACCCCUCAGCAUAGAAGAAACAUCACAAGAUACGGGUGCUAGUGGUCCUCAGAAAGAUUCCGAUCGUGACGUGUCACUGAGUCCCGUUCAGGUUUCCAAUGGCAUGUCUGAGGAAGAAGCUGCUGAAAAAGAAUCGACUCCGACGUGUGAGACUGCAGGAGAACCGGAGCUUGGUGAAUCUUUUCCGUCGAUAAGGAGACUUAUUCCCGAGCUCUCCACGAGGUUGAGUGUAAGUUGGAGGCCCGUCGCUGUUGAUCUUGGUCUCAGACGUCGUGACCUACGACGUUUUGAAGACUCCAGCUUGCUUCGUGUCCAGGCUGAACAAAUGUUGCACUUCUUGUUGGCCACCAACAGAUGUACCCUUGAAUGCGAACAGUGCCAAGAAGUGAUCUCUCAAAGACUUUCAGAGGCAUUUGAAAACGCAUAUCGCGCGGAUCUCGUGGAUUUCUUGCAGUAUUCAAAAGAGCACCUGGAAUCUGCGGAAGUGUGAAGACUGAAGCUUGAAGUGUGUGGAGAAAUCUCAGUUUCUAAGCAACUGAGCACCUACCCCUCCCCUAACAACAAACAGUCAACUGAUAACAUGUAACUGGAUAAUAGAUAUUGCUGGUAGCUUGGCUCGUUGCUAUUUAAUUAAUGGUUGGUUGGAAAGUUUGUUCUGACUGAUAGAUAUUUAAAUCGAAAACGACGCUUUUUUUUAAACGUGUGAAAAUGGGAAAAGGGGAAUCAUUUUUCAUUUUGGUUUUCCCAUCAAUUCACAAAAUGAGCAUAUCUUAAGAGAUAGAAUAGUAAGAGCAGAAUCGUGAGGUAUUAUAAUUUAACGCGACAUGUAUAUAAAAAAAACAAACAAACAAGAGUCCAGUGCACAAACAAGAAAUGAGUUUCUGACUUUAUCUUAAGUUAUUUCUAUAAUAAGUGUAGUAACCAAAGGGAGGAUUAGAGACGUUCUUAGCGGGCCAAUAUUACUUCCAUUAUUUGAUGACGUUGUUCUUUUCAGACAUUUUUUUAAAAUUCCAGCUUUGAACAGAAUGUUGUACACUUUAUUUACGGAAAUCAGGCGCAGUUUAAUGUCACAAUGACGGCAUAUUACGUCUUGAAGGGCAUUUUCCUAUGUUAACUAUCUUGACUAAAGUCGCGUUUUAAUAAUGGCCGUGUAACGUGAACUGACAGCACUACCUAAAGGACUGUACGAAAAAGUUACGGUCGUCUCUGAAAGAUUUCAUGGAUACCUUUGCAAAUCUUUUCUAAUUUAAUUUGGUUUUACUGCUCUUGCCUGUAAUCCAGCUUGAAAGUCUUCAUCCUUCGUCAUAAAUAUUCCCAUUACUAAACUGUCGAUUAAAAAAAAAACCCUCACA